AUGAGGCCAGUGGAGAGCAAGGGGAGCUGUAGCCAUGAAUCAGCCCAGGAUCACCAUAGCUGCAAUGCAUACGGCUUCGAGUUCCACAGUGGCGCCGGCCCAACCAAGGCCCUUCACCACCACAAAGCGCUGGGGUCGCGCGCCAAGCCCACCCCUUCCAAGUGGGACGACGCCCAGAAAUGGCUGGUGGGGCUCUCAGCUCGGGCAGACCACAAGCACUCCGUGAGCAAGCCAAGGAACUCGAACGCCGACGACCGGAGGCUGCUCACCUCAUUGUCCCAGAGAGGGCGGGACUCCUGUAGCAGCGCCGAUGGAGUUCUGGAGGACGACAUGGCUCUCGCAGUGGCUGCUCAAGACGCAGCCGAAACAAAGAAGGUGGACUGCAACGAGCCGUUGUGGAGGACGAACAAGCCGAGCGAGGACUCGUCCGUGGUGGUCAGAUCGGUGUGUUUGAGAGACGCGAGCACGGAGAUGACGCCGAUCGCAAGCAAGGAACCAUCUCGGACCGGCACGCCGCUUCGAGCGACGACGCCGGUGUUGAAGAGUCCGCUCUCUUCGAGGUCAUCCACCCCGGGGAGAAGCCGACAGGGCGCGGAACAGCACGACGACCACCAGCCGGGGAUGAGGAAUCCGGAGAGGAGAAGCGAGGCAGUGCCUUUCGGGAGGUCGAGCGGCAAUGGCUGGCCUUGCAGAGGUGAAGCUGCUCACAUCGACGGCAGCAAGUAUCCUGAGGUGAAUGCAUCUGAGCAAGAUCAGAACAUGGAUUCGCUGGAAUCUCAAGCCACUGCAUGGGACGAAGCAGAGCGAGCAAAAUACACGGCAAGAUACAAGCGUGAAGAGGUGAAGAUACAAGCAUGGGAGAAUCAUGAGAAAAGAAAAGCUGAAACUGAGAUGAGGAGGAUGGAGAUCAAGGCAGAAAGAAUGAGGUCGCGAGCCCAAGAAAAACAUGCAAGCAGGUUGGCAGCGGCACGGAGAAUGGCAGAGGAGAAGAGAGCCAAUGCGGAGGGCAGGCUGAAUGAGCAUGCCGCGAGGACUUCGGAGAGAGCAGAUUACAUUAGAAGGACAGGGCAUUUGCCAUCCUCUUUUUUCUCCUUCAAAUUGUCUUCUCUUUGUGGUUGAGGGCCAUUUGCUGGUCUCUUAGACUCUCUUUUUUACUGCUUUUGUUCUGAUCUUGUUGUAUUUGCUCAAUAGAGUUGCACUCUCUCUGUAUCCUUUUUGGUCAUAGAAAAAUCUGAUCAGAAAUUGCUGUUUCUAAGACUCAUCAUGCAAUAUUAGCAUCUUUGAUGA